UAAUUUCAGGUGUGUUUGAGGGCCAACCACCGCCUCGGCCCGCGACGUGAGGCCUGCAGUUAGGGCCUCUCACAAAUCCACAGUGGGGUGAAUUACACGCAGACAAACGGAGGGCGUGGCGCAGCGGACUCCCGACAAACUCUCUGGCAGAAAUUAACGAGACACGCAGAAAUAAAGAAGAUGUGCGGCGCGCGGUCUGUGCAGGAGAAAUCUGGUGCACAUAGUAAGGAGGCCUGCAGACGCCGUGGAUCUACCCCCGUUUGCCCCGUGAACGAGGCGACAAAAUAAUAUCACGUGAUCCAAAAUGGGCAGUCCUCUGACGGUGCUGAAAAAAGCCAUUUUCUGGCGCUGCUGCAAAUUCUGUCCAAGUCCAAAUAAUUUAGCUGGAUCGUGGCUGCGAGGAGAGGGCAACUUUGAUGUCUGAUCAGGUCUGUCCAGAUGGAUAAAAUGCAGCCGAACCGGAUCAAAAUCACAGAUCUGAAUCCACACCUCACAUGCCCACUGUGCGCCGGCUAUCUGAUCGAUGCCACGACCAUCGUAGAGUGCCUGCACUCCUUUUGUAAAACAUGCAUCGUUGCCUUCCUCGAGACGAAUAAGUUCUGUCCUCGAUGUGACGUCCAGGUCCACAAGACGUGUCCACAGCUCAGCAUCAGAGCGGACAAAACUCUCCAAGAUAUCGUUUAUAAGCUUGUUCCGGGGUUAUUCAAAGAUGAAAUGAAACGGAGGCGGGACUUCUACGCAGAGAAUCGUGUGCUGGAACCGGGGGAGGUGGUGGAGACGUUCAACAUAGCGGAGGAUGAAAUCAUCAGCCUGUCCAUACAGUUCUACGAGAGAAACAAAAAUAAUGAGAGGCAGCACUCAGAGAUGGAAGGAGACAAGUCCAACGGUAAACGCUUCCUGCAGUGCCCAGCAGCCAUGUCCGUCAUGCACUUAGCAAAGUUCCUCCGAAGCAAGAUGGAUAUCCCCAACAACUACCGGGUGGAGGUGUUGUACGGAGAUGAACCAUUGAAGGACUACUACACACUAAUGGAUAUCGCCUACUUCUACGAGUGGAGACGAACCGGGCCCAUCCCUCUGCAGUACCUGGUCAAACCCACCCGGAAACGCCGGAGGCAGUCCCAGUCCGCCGCGCAGGGCCACUCCGACGGCGUCAACACCAGCCCGACGUCGGAGAGCGACUCCCAGAGCGACAAAGUCCACAGUCCCGCCGCGGCCCAGCCGCCCCGAGCCUCCUCCCAGUCCAGCCCCGCGUCCCACAACCUGUCCCCCGCCAUCCAAAGCUCCAACGGUACCACUGUGCCCAACAACACUCAGCGACACACCUUCGCCUCCAAACAGGGCGGCAACGCUCGCAAGGUGACUGUGAACGGCACGGGCUCCGGGGCCGGCAAGGAGGAGGCGAGGGGAGGCGACAAAAGCGGAUUGCCCCCGACGACCUAACGCGUGCGGAGGGAGUGGAGGGGAGGACAGUGUUCGAAUUGCUCCCUCAUUUCUUUCCAUGAAGCAGGAAGAGCUGGGGACGGGAGGCGGAGGACCGUUUUCUUUCAGCAGGAGCGACUGAAGAGUGCAGCCAAAUAGACACUUGUAUGUAUGUGCGCGUGUGUGUUUGUGUGUGUUAGACUAGAACAGUGCACACAUACAAACUGUACAGUAUGUAUCAAAUGUGAGCAUGUGUGCAUACAUAUGUAUAAACUUAUCUUUUAUACAAGAUAUUGUAAUCGUUUUGUAUUGUAUAUGCAGUGGGUCCGUUUCAUUUCCACAACACGACGAUUUGGCUUCCAGAAGGAGAGAGAGGAAAAAAAAAAACGGGAGAGGAGAGGCAUCGCGGUGUCAAUGCCCAAGUUGGAUGUAAAGGCAGAAUUAAAAAAAAAAAAAAAAAAAAAAAAAAAAA